AUUGACAGUUCAUUCGUUUAGCGUAAUUUUAUUUACAAUUCUGUAUGUUUACCAACAAUAAUUGUAAUUAAUUAAAAAUGGAAUUCAAACAAGAAGUAUUUGAAGAUAGUUGUACACGCCAAUCAAAUGAAAACCAAGAAGUUGAUUUGUUGUUAGACAGCCUUAAAUUUAUUAAACAAGAAGUAUUAGAAGACGAUAGUUGUUGUAUACGUCAAUCAAAAGAAAAUGAAGACUUAAAUUUGCAAUGUACGGAUUUAAAAAUUGAGAUUAAGAAAGAACCUCACUGUGAUUUAAAUACAAGUAGUGUAAUUGAUUAUGUGGAUAUUAAUUGCUUACAUCAAAUAAAAACUGAAGUAGAUAUUAAUGAGAUAAAAACUGAGAGAAUUGAACAUGAGGGUGUUCAGGAUGAGCAAAUGCAUAAAGAAGAUUGGAAUCUACUUCCAAAAUACACUGACAAUGAACUGGCAAAGACAACGGACAGUAAAAAGUUACACCAAAGGAAACGUACAAGAGAUCUUACUAACGAACCCGUUAUGGCAUGUAAAAAGCUUAAAAAAGAUAUACCACCAAAAACUGUUGCUGAACGUUGUAAAGAUUAUAGGAAACGUAAAAGACUGAGUAAUGAUAGCAAAACAAGUGCAAGAGAUCCUAAUCGAAAACGUCCACCACCAAAAACUGCUGCUGAGCGUUCCAAAGCAUAUAGGCAACGGAAGAAAGCAAUUAAAGAGAGCAUCAAUAAUCCAAAAGGAACACCCCCAAAAACUAGUGCUGAACGUUCCAAAGCUUAUAGGGAACGUAAAAAAGCAAUGUAUGAGAGCGUUAAUAGUGCAACAGAUCUUUAUCCAAAAGGUUCAUUAUCAUUAGCUGAUGCUGAAGCAAUUAUUGAGAGCAUCAAUAGUGGAACAUAUCGUUAUCCAAAAGAUCCACUAUCAAAAACUAGUGCUGAACGUUCCAAAGCAUAUAGGGAACGUAAAAAAGCAAUUAAAGAAGGCAUGAAAGAUCUUAAUCCAAAACGUCCUCCGUCAAAAACUAGUGCUGAACGUUCCAAGGCUUAUAGGAACCGUAAAAAACAAAACAAUGAUGGCAUCAUAGUGCAUAGUGCAAGUAUUAAUAUUCAAGAAUUGCUUUUACAGUUACAGAAACAAUCACAUGGAGUACAUUCACUUUCUUGUAACGAUCUAAAUGUAAACUUGCAACAAUUACCACAAUCAGAGAAAAAUAUAGUGUCCAUAUUAAAUUUACCCGAAAGUAUCAUCGAGGCUUUGCCGUAUUCACAUUACGCGUUACAUCAAAAGGCUCACAAAUAUUUCAAUGAAAAAUUUAUUGAGAACAGAUUUGGAUAUGGAUGUGAUGUUUGUGACAGAUUGUGGUUUGAAAAAGAUUUGAAACAAGUUGAUGAAAAAAAUGAAGAAGUAUUAAAAAAGAUAUUGAACUUCAUAAAUUUAAAGGAAGUGAAAGUAUGCACUACAUGCAGUACAGCUAUAAAAAAGAACAAUAUUCCAGACCUCGCAGUUAUUAAUGGUUUCAAGUAUCCAGAUGUACCAUGUGAUUUGCCAAAACUAGACCUUAUUUCAGAAAGGCUAAUUUCGCCAAGACUGCCCUUUAUGCAGAUAAGAAGGUUGCGACACCUUCAAGGCCAAUGUGGUAUUUAUGGGCAGGUUAUUAACAUACCUGUAUCUGUCAAUAAUAUGGUUACAAGUUUACCUAGAGAUAUUGAUGAUGAUUAUUGCAUCAACAUACAUAUUAAAAGAAAACUAAUUGAUACAUCUAGUUAUCUUCAAGGCCUGGUUAAGAAGUCAGUGAUAAAGGAUUGGUUACGAUAUUUGGUUAAUACGCCACUUUAUAAAUUCUAUAACAUUAAAAUUAUUAAUCGAUUUUUAAAUGAUAAUACCAUUGAUGAGGAUUUCAAUUUGGAAGACGUGAGUGAAAAUAUUGAAGUUGAAGAAAGUCUAGUUGCGCAACAGCAAACUUUACUAUGGAAUGAAGAUUUUCAAUUAAAUUUGGCUCCAGGUGAAAAUAAUAUCCCGGACAGUUUGUUAUUCGAAGAACAUGCUGAAGAGCUUUCUUUUCCUAGCAUUUAUCUGGGAGAAUUUCGAAAAUUUAAAGAAAAUAUUAAAGCUACCCCUUUCAAUAUAGCUUCAAGUGAAUUGAGACGUAGAGAUAGACGAGGAGUAAUGCCGUAUCAUUUGCUGUACGUCGCCAUGAAAAUUAUGCGGUUACGAGUGCGCGAUUCUUUAACUAUUACAUUUAAACAUAUUGGUAAAGAUAAUGCGAUUACUCGUGAGCAAAUUAUGAAUCGGGAGUAUAUUAAUAAGUGUCUCGAAACUAACUUAGCUUUCACACGUUGUUUACCAAAUUCAGCUGCAUAUUGGGCUGAACGUAAAAAAUGUCUUUUUGGAAUGAUACGUCAACUUGGUAGGCCAUCCGCAUUCAUGACUUUAACUGCAAAUGAAAUUGGUUGGGAAGAAUUGCUAAGAACACUAUAUAAAUUGAAACAUCAAGGUGAAGUACUUACAGACGAUCAAAUUUGGGCUUUACAUUAUAUUGAAAAGACUACACUCGUGAAUGAGGAUCUAGUAACCUGUGCAAUAUAUUUCAGUAAAUUAGUAAAUGUAAUUAUGUCUACUCUUCAAUCUAGGCCGUUUAGCCCUUUUGGAAAAUAUAGAGUAAAAUACUACUUUAAAAGAAUUGAAUUUCAGCACAGAGACAGUCCUCGUGCGCAUAUUCUGUUGUGGACUGAAGAAAAUUUAGAUGAUGUUAUUGGAAAAGACAAGGCUAAAGCAAUUACCAUGAUUGACAAGUUGGUUUCUGUUUCAGCAUCUGAAGCAUCCGGUAAUAUUAAAUUGCAGAGAAUAACACCUAAUUAUAGACAAAAAUGUAGAUUUGAUGCUCCUUUUAUGCCAAGUCGUACUACAGUAAUUCUUACACCGAUGGAGGAAGAAAACUCUAAUCUCAAAGUAUAUCAAGCGCAUUACAAAGAUAUUCGUAGCAAUUUAGAGAACUCAGAUUUUAAAGAUAUCGAUGAUUUUUACGAAAAAAAUAAUAUCAAUUCAGAUGAACAUUAUAAUGAUAUUCUUAGAGCUGGAAUUGCACGACCAAAAAUAUUCGUAAAAAGGUCACCGAGAGAAAAAUGGAACACUCCUUUUAAUCCAUUCGUUUUUAAUAUCCUAAAAUCUAAUAUGGACUUUGAAAUAAUCCCAGACGAAUAUUCAUGUGCUCAAUACGUUGCAGAUUAUGUCAAUAAAACUAACAGAGGUAUCAGUAAUCUACAGCAACAAAUUAUCGAAAUUAUGGAUGAAAAUCCAGAAUUAGAUAUGGUUCAAGUAACAAAUAAAUUAGGUGUAUCGUUACUAAAUUCUGUAGAAAUGACAAGUCAAGAGGCAGCUUGGUUUUUGUUGCGAGAGCCCAUGUCAAAAUGCUCUGUUACUGUAGAUUUUAUACCAACUUGUUGGCCAGAAGAAAGAGAACGAAUACGGAAGACGCAAAAAGAAUUGGAGGCACUUGAUGUCGAAUCGACUGAUAUAUGGAAAGAAAACUGGUUCGACAAAUACGAAAAACGACCAGAAUCGUUGGAUGAAGUUACUUUGGCCCAGUUUGUAGCUAAUUACAAUCUAAGUAAAAACGGUAGUUUUAAAAUUCGACAAAUUCCUCAUGUUAUAAGAUAUAAAAAUUACGAUGACACCGAUUUAAUUAAUUAUAAAAGAGAAAUGGUCACCCUUCAUAUUCCAUUUAGAAAUGAAGCAGUAGAAAUUUUGGCAGAAAUGAAAUUUUUAACAAUUUAUGAUGAAAAUGAGGACAGCAUUCUUGAAAAAAGAAAAGAAUUUGAAAAAAAUAUUAAUAUAGAAAAAACAAUAGAAUUAUGUAGGCGUUUGUGUCAUGAAGAUGACAUUUCAGACGAAACCAAUCAGACUAAUGAUAAUAAUGCUAUUGAACCUCAAGAACAAGAUAUUUUACAGCAAAUAAUGAACAAUCUAUAAGCAGGAGCAAAUUUAAAAUAAAUGUAAGUUUUCUUUUUAGAUUUAAGCUUUGCCACUCAUUUAUUUUUGUUUUAUCAGGAAAUAUAUUUUUGAUCAGUUAUUAUUUGUAAUGAUUUCUAUAUUCCCUGUGAUUAGAUAUAAACCUUAAAAAUAAAGGAAAUGUUGAUUUC